AUGAUACAAUUUGAAAAAACCGCGUCGAUCGAGGUUUUGGGGGCCGAGAACUAUGCGAAACUGCGUCAUACUAAAGUUUUGCUUGUAGGAGCUGGCGGUAUUGGCUGUGAGCUCUUGAAGAACUUGGUACUCAUGGGAUUUGGCGAGGUCCACGUGGUGGAUCUCGACACCAUUGAUCUUUCGAAUUUGAACCGCCAAUUUCUGUUUAGGCAACGCGACAUCAGACAGCCUAAAGCUACCACUGCUGUGAAAGCAGUACAACACAUCAGCAAUUCCACGCUUAUAGCGUAUCAAUGCAACAUUCAGGAUACAGAGAAAUUCCCAUUGAGUUGGUUUUCGCAGUUUGCGCUUUUCUUCAAUGCUCUCGAUAAUCUGGAAGCACGUCGCUACGUCAACCAAAUCGCCCAAUUGCUACACAAACCGCUUAUAGAGAGUGGUACUGCCGGUUUUGAUGGUUACAUCCAGCCUAUAAUUCCCGGUGAAACGGAGUGUUUUGACUGCACCACUAAAGAAACGCCCAAGACUUUCCCAGUUUGCACCAUUCGGUCAACUCCCUCCCAACCGGUUCACUGCAUUGUUUGGGCUAAAAAUUUUUUAUUCCCACAACUUUUUUCCACGUCAACCACUGCGUCUGCUAAUGAGGAUCUGGGGACCGACGAUCCUCUUGAAAUCGAACGAAUUCGUCAGGAAACAAACGAGCUGCGGGAGCUACAGGAAUACAUCAAGUCUGGAGAUGAGUCUCGCAUACCUACCAUUAUCGAGAAGCUUUACACGCAUGACAUUGAAAAGCUGCUUGCAAUCGAGAAUCUCUGGAGAACACGCCAGAAACCUGUCCCUUUGGGUCGUUUCGAUUUAACAGAUGCCGUAAAUCCUGAUUUCAACGCCGUGUGGUCAUUACAGGAACAACUUGACUGCUUGGCUAAUGCCACAAAGAAGUUGAUGAAAAGACAGGCCACCGAGGAUCAGAUAGACUUUGACAAAGAUGAUGUGGAUAGUUUGGAGUUUGUUGCUGCUGCUGCAAAUAUUCGUGCCCAUGUUUUUCAUUUGCCCAUUAAGUCGAUAUUCGACAUCAAACAAAUUGCCGGCAAUAUCAUUCCAGCGAUUGCAACGACAAACGCGAUUAUUGCGGGACUUUCGUCUUUGGCAUCGUUAAGAGUUCUCAAUCUCAUGAAGGGCUUUCCAGUCAAAAGUCCGAAAGAGCUUAACAUGGCGUUUACCGCUAGAGCUAGCAAUAUUCCUACUCAUCGAUACUUGUCAAACCCUGUACUAGCAAGCCCCAACUCUCGUUGUCCUGUAUGUUCGGUCCCGCGCGGUGUUAUCAAAAUAUCUGGCAAAGCGCUCUCCUCAACGAAGCUUCAAGAUCUUAUCGAGGCGAUUAGACAGAAGUACCACUACCCCGGCGAGGUUUCAGUAGUCGAUAAGUCUACGCAGCGUCUUUUGGCUGACAUCGAUUUCGAUGAUUUGCUUGAAAAGUCACUGCUAGAUUUGAAAAUCAGAUCAGGUGUUUUGCUCAUGAUCGCAGAUGAGCGAGACGACGUCGUUGAGAUUCGCGCCGGAAGCGAGUUCUAUAUUCAAGAAGAUUCAAAGAAUUGUGCUAGCCAUCCAUUCCUUUUACCGGAAAUGAAAGUCAAAAUGGUAAAAAGUGAAGUGGAACCACCACAAGAGUCUCUUGAGAAUGGACUUGACGAGACCACGACAAACGUGGCUCAGUCAAGCGAUGUCUUAAUCAUAGACGAAGACGAGAGUGGCAGUAAAAGAAAGCUCGAAGAAUCGGAGCUGCCGCCCAACAAAAAAGCAAAGCAUACGGAAGAGCUCGUAUUACUAGAUUGA